CACCUGUUGCACUGUUUGCAACAACAUUACUUUCUCACACCGGCAGGCCAGGGAGACUCUGUGCAGAUAAACUUCUCUUAAUUUUUCGUUACUCAGAAACAAACUAAUCAAAUAUGCGUGAAAUUGUUCAUAUUCAGGCUGGUCAGUGCGGUAACCAGAUCGGUGCCAAGUUCUGGGAAGUGAUCUCAGAUGAGCAUGGCAUCGACCCUACUGGUACCUACCAUGGAGACUCUGAUCUUCAGCUGGAGAGAAUCAACGUCUACUACAAUGAGGCUACGGGAGGCAAAUAUGUACCACGUGCCGUCCUCGUCGAUCUGGAGCCAGGUACCAUGGACUCCGUCCGCUCUGGACCUUUCGGACAGAUCUUCAGACCAGACAACUUUGUCUUUGGACAGAGUGGUGCUGGAAACAACUGGGCCAAGGGACAUUACACCGAAGGUGCUGAGCUUGUAGACUCUGUGCUUGAUGUUGUUCGCAAGGAGGCUGAGAGCUGUGAUUGUCUUCAGGGCUUCCAGCUUACACACUCCCUUGGAGGUGGUACCGGCUCUGGAAUGGGAACCCUCCUCAUCAGCAAGAUCCGUGAAGAGUACCCAGACCGCAUCAUGAACACAUUCAGCGUUGUGCCAUCACCCAAAGUAUCAGACACUGUUGUUGAACCAUACAACGCCACACUCUCAGUCCAUCAGUUGGUUGAGAACACAGACGAGACCUAUUGCAUUGACAAUGAAGCCCUCUACGAUAUCUGCUUCCGUACCCUCAAGCUGACCACACCCACUUACGGAGAUCUGAACCAUCUGGUCUCUGCCACCAUGAGUGGUGUCACCACCUGCCUCCGAUUCCCUGGCCAACUCAACGCUGAUCUCCGCAAACUUGCUGUCAACAUGGUUCCCUUCCCACGUCUUCACUUCUUCAUGCCUGGCUUUGCUCCUCUCACUAGCCGUGGCAGCCAGCAAUACCGUGCCUUGACCGUUCCAGAGCUCACCCAACAGAUGUUCGAUGCCAAGAACAUGAUGGCUGCCUGUGAUCCCCGUCAUGGACGUUACCUCACCGUUGCCGCCAUCUUCCGUGGCCGUAUGUCCAUGAAGGAGGUUGAUGAACAGAUGCUCAACGUACAGAACAAGAACAGCAGCUACUUCGUUGAAUGGAUCCCCAACAACGUCAAGACCGCUGUCUGUGACAUCCCACCACGUGGUCUGAAGAUGUCUGCCACUUUCAUCGGCAACAGCACUGCCAUCCAGGAGCUCUUCAAGCGUAUCUCUGAGCAGUUCACCGCUAUGUUCAGGAGAAAGGCUUUCCUUCAUUGGUACACUGGUGAGGGUAUGGACGAGAUGGAGUUCACUGAGGCUGAGAGCAACAUGAAUGACUUGGUUUCUGAGUACCAACAGUACCAGGAUGCCACCGCUGAGGAGGAGGGAGAGUUUGACGAGGAGGAAGGCGAUGAGGAGGCUGCUUAAAUCUGAAAUAAGCCAAAUCUGACCAAAGACUUUAUAUAGUCAAUCAUUUCUACAUUCCAUUUUUCUAAUCCUUUCAUUGUCCAUUUUGUAAGAUGUUUCGGAAAGUGAAUCUGCAGCUGCAUUUCAGUCAGACUUCCAUUACUUUACAUGUGACUUUCUAAACUCAAAUUCAACUCGAUCAUGGGUAUUCAAGAAUUAAUCUACAAUCACAUUUUUUGGUAAUGUUAUGUCUUAUGACUCUCAUGUGGAAGAAAGAUGGAAAAGUCCUUGAAAUAUUAUGAUGAAAAUAUUAAAUAAAUGUGCAUAUAUUAUUUA